CCCCCGCCGCCCCCUGACGUCAGCCCGGCGCAGGGGACGCGGAUCGGGCGGAGGAGACCCGCGGCUGCCGGCGGCCGGGGGAGCGCUGCCGCGGGGCCGCCGCCCGCAGCCCGGCACCAUGUCCGCCAAGGAGCGGCCGAAGGGCAAAGUGACCAAGGACAGCGUCACCCUCCUGCCCUGCUUCUACUUCGUGGAGUUGCCAAUAUUGGCAUCUUCUGUUGUUAGCCUUUAUUUUCUUGAACUUACUGAUGUCUUCAAGCCAGUUCACUCAGGAUUUAAUUGCUAUGACAAGAGUCUGAGUAUGCCAUACAUUGAACCUACACAAGAGGCUGUUCCCUUUUUGAUGUUGCUUAGUCUGGUGUUUGCUGGACCAUCAAUUACGAUAAUGGUAGGAGAAGGAAUUCUCUACUGUUGCCUGUCCAAAAGAAGAAAUGGGAUUGGAACAGAGGCCAAUAUUAAUGCAGGAGGAUGCAACUUCAAUUCUUUUCUUAGAAGAGCUGUCAGAUUUGUUGGUGUUCAUGUGUUUGGUCUUUGUUCCACUGCUCUUGUUACUGAUAUUAUACAGCUAUCAACAGGAUAUCAGGCACCAUAUUUCCUGACUGUUUGCAAGCCUAACUAUACAUCCCUAAAUGUUUCCUGCUCAGAGAAUUCAUAUGUUGUGGAAGAUAUUUGCUCAGGAGCUGAUACUAAUAUUAUCAAUGCCGGAAGAAAGUCAUUCCCAUCUCAACAUGCCACCCUGGCAGCUUUUGCAGCAGUGUAUAUUUCGAUGUACUUCAAUUCUACGUUAACAGAUUCCUCAAAACUUCUGAAACCACUCUUGGUCUUUGCUUUUAUCAUCUGUGGAAUUAUAUGUGGUCUGACUCGUAUCACCCAGUAUAAGAAUCAUCCAGUUGAUGUUUAUUGUGGCUUUCUCAUAGGAGGAGGAAUUGCUCUCUAUUUGGGCCUGUAUGCGGUGGGAAACUUCUUGCCAAGUGAGGAGAAUGUGUUUCACCAGAAUUUUCACAGAGAACCCCUGAGGUCUUUGACAGACCUCAGUCAAGAUGCCAACAGAAUCCUGCCAGGUAAAAAUGGAAGCAGCACUGAUGGCAUUGCCUCUCACCGUUCAGAAAGUAUCCUGAACAGAAACCACAGAGAUUCUGGGUCUCUGACUAACAUCAAGAGAGCAAAUGCUGAUGUAGAAAUCAUAACACCACGAAGCCCAAUGGGAAAGGAAAACAUGGUUACUUUCAGUAACACUUUGCCAAGAGUCAACACGCCAUCCUUGGAAGAUCCAGCAAGACGAAAUGCAACAAUUCAUGCAUCAAUGGAUUCUGCCCGCUCCAAACAGCUGCUUUCCCAGUGGAAGAAUAAGAACGAAAGCCGAAAGUUGUCACUGCAAGUAAUAGAGACUGAAUCUGGCCAGUCACCACCAAGAGCUAUUGAAAUGAGGUCAAGCUCAGAGCCUUCCAGAGUGGGUGUAAAUGGUGAUCAUCAUGGCCCAAGUAGCCAAUACCUGAAAAUUCAACCUGGCAGUGUACCAGGUUGUAACAACUCAGGUCUUUCUGGUGGGCCAAGGGUCUCUAUUCAGUCACGUCCUGGCUCUUCCCAGUUAGUGCAUAUUCCUGAAGAGACUCAGGAAAAUGUGAACACGUCUCCCAAAAGCAGUUCAGCUAGAGCUAAAUGGCUGAAAGCUGCUGAGAAGAGUGUUGCAUGUAGAAGCAACAGCCAGCCACGAAUCAUGCAAGUAAUAGCCAUGUCUAAGCAGCAAGGAGUGCUUCAAGGCAGUCCAAAGGGUUCAGAGGGAAGCACAGUCACUUGUACAGGAGCCAUUAGAUAUAAAACCUUGACAGACCACGAGCCAAGCAGCAUUGUCAGAGUCGAGGCCCAUCCAGAAAACAACAGACCUGUAAUUCAGAUGCCAUCAGAAGGUGAAGGAAGUGGGUCAUGGAAAUGGAAAGGUCCUGAAAAAGUCACCCUUCGUCAGACAUAUGAGCUAAAUGAUCUCAACAGAGACUCUGAGAGCUGUGACUCCUUAAAAGACAGUUAUGGGUCAGGUGACAGGAAAAGGAGCAACAUAGAUAACAGUGAGCAUCACCAUCACGGAAUCACUACAAUAAGAGUCACACCUGUGGAGGGAAGUGAGAUUGGCUCAGAGACCCUGUCCAUUUCUUCUAGCCGGGACUCAACACUUCGAAGAAAAGGUAACAUAAUUUUAAUCCCUGAACGAGGGAGCAGUCCAGAGAACACCAGAAACAUCUUCUAUAAAGGCACAUCCCCCACACGAGCAUACAAAGAAUGAGAGGAGACAUAUCAGCUGGUCCGUACCACCACAAAGGAAACACAUCCUCACACAGGUUCUGCUCUGUUUGUUUAGAGCUGAUAUUUACCUUUGAUGUGCCAAAUUACUGACCAGCAGCCCAACUGUUAUUGAACACUGCUGGUUUGCAAUGUGCAUGAGCCUGUGGAAAUCAUGUGGUGGGGGGAAAAGCACAAUGCCAGAACCUAACUAAUGUGAAACAUUUUCAUGCAACUUGUUUUUUCAGACUCGAAACAUUUAUCUGAGGGUGAUGUCAAUCAAAAAAUAGUCUUGAACACAGACACUUUAUUUCCUGAAUGUGCCAACUUUUUAUUUUAUUUAUAUUUGUGUCCAAAAUCAACUGAUUUUUUCAUAGCAAAUGCUGUAUGUGUGGUAUAUAUUCACCUUUGCAGAAUUUGCACCACAUCUUUAAUACAGGAUGGUGCUGAUAACUUUACAUGUUUUGAAAAUUUGCAUACUUAUUAGACUCUACAAACACAUGGCAUAUUGAUGUGCAGUUACUUUAAAAUAAUAUUGCUAAUACUAUGAUGAUGCUGGCUGCAUUCAUUUAGCAUAAGAAAUAUUUACAGCUUUGUUAUAGUGGAUCUGUCACAUUCAAAGACUGCAAAGAUUUUGUGUAGUUCUUUAAGAUGUCUACUGCAACAAAAAAAUGUGUGGGUGAUGUUCCAUUAGAAUGGAAUACCUAUCUAUUUUGAAUAGUUUUGCUGCUACUGCUCAACUUUUAUUUAAGAACAGGUGCUACUAAUGAAGACGCUGCUUCUUAGUGGGCUAACUUGUAGAACUGUUUAAAAUUAUGUUUUUAAGGGGUCUUUUAAAGUACUACAAGUAAUUCAGAUUUUGCAUUUUUAAAUCUCUCAUUCUGUCCUUCAGCAACCUUUCAUUUUUUCUGUUAGUUUAUGACUUUAUAAUGUGUGACACCAAUAACUGCAAAAUGUGCAGACAUGAAAGGUGAGCCAUGAGCAAAUAAAAAUAAACCACCAGUAUCCUGAUCAGCUUCAAGGGAGACAGUAAUUAAUAUCAUAGCUCACAAUUCAAAGCAGUCAUUUAGCACACUUGCUUAGCAUGCCACAAGAACAAUCACAAGUUUCACCCCACUCACCAUCAUUUAGGGGAUUUAAACUUU